AUGCAGUUACAUGAAGAAGAAAUUUUUAAAAUCCUUCCACCCAGUGCAAUUGGAAUAGGGAUUACCUUUGUAAAAUCAUAUCGGGAGCCUUCCAUCAUUGUUUAUGGCAAUAUGUUACCUGUUGAACUCACCGAACAAACUAUUAAAAAUUUUUUUGAAGUAAUACAACGACCACCAGAAGAUAUUGUUAUUUGUCAAUUAUUCGACAAUGAUGCUCUUUGUAAACCGGAUAACGAUUCAGCACGUGUGAUAAGCAAUAUUCAUGAAAUUAGUAAGGGCAAAAAAAAUAAUAAUGAUGAUGAUAAUUUCGAGACAGAAAAGGAUGAAUAUACUGAAGAAAGCGUUUUGGAUGGAAAUAAAGGAGAAAAUGACAGUAGUGAAAAUGAACUUAAUGGAAGCAAAGGGGAAAACAAUGGUAGUAAUGAUCUUAAUGGAAACCAGAAAAACAAUGAUCCCAACAAAAACCAGAAAAGUAAUAAUAAAGAGAAUGAAAAGGAUAGUGGGUCAAAUAAAAAUAACGGACAGGAAAAAGACGGCGGGGAUGGUGGGGACGAUCCAAAUGACUUAAAUACUGUAAUUCCAUAUGGAGCUAUUGACGCCAAUGCCUUCGCCAAGAUUAUGAUUAGCGAUCAAUGCCAAGAAGCUAGUAUACACUUUGUAUUAAAAAUGUGGCAUCCAGGAAAUGAUGAUGAGUUAGCGUUCGAAAUCUCAGACAUAAAACUUUCAGGUGGUAAAAUGCUAUCUAAAAAGAUCAAAGGCCUCAAAGGCGAAGGCUAUUAUCCUAUUAAAGCUGAAGUCAAAUUAGAAGCUCAUCCAGAGGAUCCUAAAAAUAACUUAUCCAUUUUAAUUACAUCCAUUCGUGAUUGCUCUCCGUGUAGUGAGAUGAAUGUUAAUCAGGGUCGAUCUAAGACAACGAAAAUUAGUUCAUUAACGGGAGCUACUGGCAUUAUACCUGCGGCUACUUUAAAUUUAAAUCAAGAAAAAACAAUAAGUGAAAAUGUUUAUUCUGUUUCCAUUACUAACUCCGAUAGAGGACCUACAAAGAUAUUAUGGGAACAUGAAAUGGAAAAUAAGGAAAAGAAGAUUCCAGAUUAUUCUAAUGUGCGAGAGCACAAGGCUCACUUUAAAUACGCGAAGCAUUCUACAAAAAAUCCCGUGAAAAAUUUUGAAAUAAAGACAGAAUUAACUUUAGAAUAUGAUAAGAAUUUUGUUUCGGGAUUAAUUAAUUAUUUUCAUUCCCGUGUUAUUAAAUUCCCAGCAAAAUUAAGAUUUUCACUCUCUAUAGUAAUUGCAGAAAACCAAAUUCAAAAUAUCUUUGGAAAGAAUGAUCUGAUAGAUUGCAGCCAUUCUGAAGCUUUACGAUCUAGUGGUGACAAUAAUUUUGAAGAUUGUUCAAGGCGCU